AUGUGGAUCAAGCUCAGUUUGGCUAUUUUAGUCCCAUUGAUCCUUAUCCAUGUCUACAUUGAUUAUCAAGUCUUACCAAAAGAAGCUUACUUAUCAUUUGUAGAGCUAGCUCAAUUUCAUGGAUACUCAGCAUCAACUCAUAAAAUUACUACAGAAGAUGGAUACAUUCUAACUAUGUAUCGGCUUUUUAAAGGCCAGCCCAAAGGCAAACCAGUUAUACUUAUGCAUGGACUGUUUUCUGCAGCAGAUGCUUGGAUCUCUAAUAUGAGGAUUAAAGGCCCAGCUUAUCAAUUAAUAGACGCAGGUUUUGAUGUAUGGCUUCCAAAUAAUCAAUUUAUUUAAAAUAAAAAAUUAUUUUUUAAAAAAUAAAUAGAAAUUUUUAAAUACCUUCCAAAUUGCCGUGGAUCAAUAGACAGCAGAUCUCACAUUUCAUUAGACAUAAACUCCCAUCAAUUUUGGAAUUUCAGUGCAAUUGAUACUGGAAGAUUUGACCUACCCCCAAUAAUUUCAUUUAUAAAAUCAGCCACAGGUGUCCAAAAAGUGUCAUACGUCGGGCACAGCUUAGGAGGCGCUAUUAUGUUAUCAAUGCUCAGUUUAAAUCCAAAAUUUGAAAAUGACUUAGACAUAGUCGUAUCACUUGCAGGAGGAUCACGAUUUUCAUGCAAUAGUGGCGUGAUUCGAUUGGCAAUAAAUGAUUAUUUUUUGAAAAUGCUGGACUUUUUAGGCAUGGACAUUAUUGUGGAAAGGCCCACUAUUUAUAUGGGGAAGCUCAUAAAAGGAUUCUCAUUAUACAAUUAUUGACUAUGAAAAGAUAAUUAUGACCCUUAUUUAAAUGAGGACAGCUUAGAUAAUACAGCUUAUUAUUCUUUAAAAUAUAGUGCAGGCACUAGUGUCACAAAUUUAAAAUUUGUAAAGAAGUUUGCGGAAAGCGAUACUUAUGAAAUUAAAUUAGAAGAUUUUGGGCCUAAAAGAAAUUUAGAGCUUUAUGGAAGAGAAGAAGCAGGGCAGCUAGACCAUUCAAAAAUUAAAAUAAAAGUGGCGAUUUUUGGAGGAAAACGUGACCAUAUUGUGACUAAUAAAGAUCUUGAAGAGUUUUCAGCAUAUUUACCAGAAAAUUUAAUUGUGCAUAGAAAAUAUGAUUAUGAUCAAGACCACAGCUCAUUCUUUUAUGGCACAAAUUUGGAUUACUUGGAAGAUUUAAUUAACGUGAUUAAGAAUGCCUAA